GCGCAAAGGUUCACGUGUGAGGACGGCUUGCCCUACGGACAACAAACGUCUGAUUGCUAAAAAUGAUUAAAUAAUGUAAUUUAUUUUAGGUGAAAUUGAGGUGAAUCCGCGCUGUCGCCAUGCGGAGUCCAGCUGUGCGAAUGUUCCACAGGUUAGAGGGUCUGUUCUGCGUCUACAAACCCGCAGGAGUUCACUGGAAGCUGCUGAGGGACACCAUCGAGACUAAUCUUCUGAAAGGUGUGAACGAUACACCUGCUCCGCCUCUUACUCAUGAAGUUCGCUUCUUACCAAACCCAAACAACCAACCUAAAGCAUCUGGAGGACUCAUGCUGAGGCCAGUCUCUGUCCCCGUCCUGUCCAAGCACCCUCUGGUGACUGGACCGGAAUUCCAGCAUCUCAAAGUUGGAGUGGGUCACCGCCUGGAUGCUUCAUCUUCUGGUGUUCUUGUUCUGGCCGUGGGGAAUGGGAACAAGAUCCUAAACGAUCUCUACGGGAUACGAACCACAAGGGAUUACACGCUGGAAGGUGAAUUUGGGAUGGCAACACAUGAUUUUACUCACACGGGUCGAGUUGUGGAAAGAUCCACUUAUGAUCACAUCACUCAGGAGAAGAUGGAGAGUGUGCUAGCCAUGCUGGAAGGAGCCAAUCAAAAAGCCCUGAGAAUGUAUUCCAGUGUAGACAUGAACUCACAGGAAGCAUAUGAGCUGGCUGUAAAAGGCUUAUUGGGUCCAGACGGGAAAUCGGUUCCUAUUUUGACAGGCUUACGAUGCAUUCGCUUCCAGCCACCACACUUCACCUUAGAGGUGCAGUGCCUAAAUGAAACUCAGAAAUAUUUGCGCAAAGUUGUGCACGAGAUUGGACUGGAGCUACGCAGCACGGCGGCAUGUAAGGGAGUGAGGCGGACCAGAGAUGGCUUCUUUACCGUGCAGGACGCUCUCACGCGUAACCACUGGUCGGCUGCUGACAUCCUACAGGCUGUUCAGAAAUACCGCUCAAAAAAGAACAAGAAGAAGAGCUCCAGGACUCUAACUGAUAAAGCAAUGUUACAGACAUCUGAGGAAACACUUGCAGUCUCUCAAGAAAACAAAGCUGAUAAGGAAGAAACACCAACUGAGGUGCAAUGUAACUGAACUGAUGGGUGAUUAAAGAAAUAAAAGUGAACUAAAAUAGUGA